GAGUGCAACCGGAGCUGCAAUUUCGCGCGUUUGUUUCAUUGCGGUGCGUGAAGGUUGUUGUUUACCGAUAGUGUGGAUGAUGCCUCGAAACGACGGUCGAUGUGAUUUUGUGACACUGCCCUGUGCGCCCGUGUGAUGUCUGUUUGAGAUCCGAGCCCUUGAGCCCUCGAGAGCGUGUAGUGAAAUUGGAGAUAAAAAAGUGGCCCAUUUUCUUGUGCCGUUGUGUCUCGGUAAACAAAACAGGUGAUACAUUCGUUGCACCUCCUCGCACCCCAAGUACAGUGCCCAAGUUCAACAGUGCCAUCCACCAUCCACCGAAAGACGGUGCGCGGUUAACCGUUCGGAACGCCGGCGACAGUUGGCCUAGUCCCGUGUCGAUGUUUCGCACCGCACCGCUGCAGUGUAACCGUUGUGUGUCAUAAUGCUAAAGAAGGAGAAACCGAUGCUGUCGGUGGCCGCAAUCAUUCAAGCGCAAGGCCGAUGGGAUCGGUCACUGGCCGGAUUGACAGGUUUCGAUGCGGCCCUGGUUGGUCACAUGGGACCGCUCUCGCCGCCUGAUCUGAAGCCCGACCUGAAGCCGGACAUUUCACUGCUGAACGGAAGUGGCGGUGGUCCGUUCUCGCCCGGCAACAACUGUGGUCCCGGCAGUCCCGGCAGUGGUGGCUUCAACUCCGUCGUCCUACAGCAACAGAACGCGCUCGUUGUCGGCGGUGGGCUCGGCAAUGGUACGGGGGGCGGGCAACAGAACAUGCUGAUCGGUGGCGGAGGUUCACAGCAACAGCAAGGUAGCAACGGUGGUGGUGGCAGUGGGCCCAACACACCCUCCAACAUCACGCAGCAGUACCCGCCUAAUCACCCGCUCAGCGGCUCGAAGCAUCUCUGCUCGAUCUGUGGUGACCGGGCCAGCGGCAAGCAUUACGGUGUUUAUAGCUGCGAAGGAUGCAAAGGAUUCUUCAAGCGAACGGUACGCAAGGACCUGUCGUACGCGUGCCGAGAGGAUAAAAACUGUACGAUAGACAAACGCCAAAGAAACCGUUGCCAGUACUGCCGGUACCAGAAAUGUUUGGCUUGCGGUAUGAAGCGAGAAGCCGUCCAGGAGGAACGGCAACGGAGCUCCAAAUUUUCGAUGAAGACGGAAGAAAUCAACUCAACCAGCUCGGUGCGAGAUGUCGUGGUUGAUCGGUUCCUCGAGGCUGAACAGCUGGGUGAACAGAAGAGUGGUGACAACGCCAUACCAUACUUGCGAGUUGGUCAGAAUUCUAUGAUUCCACCAGAAUACAAAGGCGCUGUGUCGCAUUUAUGUCAGAUGGUGAAUAAACAGAUUUACCAACUAAUCGAGUUUGCUCGACGGCUGCCCAACUUUUCCAACCUUCCACGCGAAGAUCAGGUAACAUUGCUGCGCAGUGGUUGGAACGAAAUGUUGAUUGCUUCUGUCGCAUGGCGAAGUAUGGAGUACAUUGAAACGGAACGACCGCCGGAUGGCCGGAACGAUGGUCGCGUCACUAUCCGGCAGCCGCAGCUAAUGUGCUUGGGACCGAACUUCACCCUGCAUCGAAACAGUGCUCAGCAGGCCGGCGUUGAUUCACUGUUCGAUCGCAUUCUGUGCGAACUAGCGAUCAAAAUGAAAAGACUGGACGUGAACCGGGCCGAACUGGGCAUUCUUAAGGCUAUCAUAUUGUUUAACUCUGAUAUUCGGGGCCUGAAAUGUCGAAAAGAGAUCGAUCAGAUGCGAGAGAAGAUAUACGCCUGUUUGGAUGAGUACUGUAAAACGCAGCACCCGUCGGAGGAUGGUCGAUUCGCACAGCUAUUACUGCGAUUGCCAGCGCUACGCUCGAUCAGCCUCAAAUGUAUCGAUCAUCUGAACUUCCUGCGGCUGCUCGGUGACAAGCAGCUCGAUAACUUCAUUAUUGAGAUGCUUGAUACACCGUUGUAGGCGGAACUGUUUCCCGAUCUCAACUCCCAGGACACGGACGCUAUUGCCCGUGAUGCGGUCGGUAGUGACGCUGGAGAACCAGAUUCCGUUCUCCUGCUGUCAACCCUGCUGCAGAUGCUGCUAAGGGAGACGGGAUUGUUUCUGCUGCUGUUGACGCUGGCAUUUCUCAAAGUGUUACUUUCUCGUUCAUAAAAUCUCUGCUUUAGCGCGCAUUGCAGCUGAAGAGGUUAGCAAUGUUUAUGGAAUUAUUUUCAUACCUAACCUGUCUGCUUAGCAGGCAGGGAUACUUCUUACGUUUUACGUUUAGCAAAUUAAUGUGCAGCACAUCUUCCGUUCUGUUAAAUAGGUCGUACUGCGUAGAUGACGACAGAUGAGGAUGGGUUUGCAAUGAGCGUGCAGAAAAGAAUUGUGAACAAAAAUCAAAAGUAUGACAAGCAUUGAAAUAUAAAUUUGUAAAAACAAAAGUAAUACGUUCAAAACAUAUUGCCCUCUUCUUAGUAGUGUAGGUGCACCUAAAUCGAAUGAUGAGUGUAUCACGUGUGGUUCGCUAGAAUAAAGCGCGGCGAUAAAGCACACAUUUAAACUCUACAAAACAAAGCAAAAAUGUGAACAGGAAACAAACAACCAGCUAAAAGAACACUACAAAAUAAUAUGGUGCAAAUAGAUUAUAUCAAACUCAAAACUUAAUCCCUUUUACAAAUUAAGUCUACGUAGCUGUAAAGUGAUAGGGGAUGGGAAAGUGAGCGAGAAUCGUUUAAAACAUACGUUGUGUUUGGACUAAGGAUGGCUAAUAAAUGACGAACACCGCACGUCUUCUAUUGCUCCACGCACACUGUUGAGUAAAGGCGCAAUAGAGACGAAAGAAGUGUGAUGGUGAUUAAUCUAAUUUAUGGUUAAUUUAAUAGUGUGAGGCAAGCAGUAAGAAAGUAAUUCUGUCCAUUACAAUGACACUGAGAAUAACCAUCGAUGGUUAACGUUUUGACCAAAAGGCAAGUGCUAACCGGUGUUUCCUUUUUAAUUACUGAAUUUUCUAUGCUUGCCAACUUUCUCUCUACCAUCCAGCAUUUCGUUACACUCGUUUCGUAGCAUACAUUCUAGUAACUGUCUGAUUAGAUCUCAUGAGACAAAAUAUGGAAAUUAUGACACUUACAUGUAAAGCAAAAACACUGUUCACGUCUCAUGAUCCUAGGUCUUUAUUUUUAAUUUUCUGAAGGUUUUUUUUUCUUUUGUUUGGUGAAAACAGAGAUGUGUUUACGUACUUCAUUUAUCCGUAAUCUUUUUUCAUCUACCAAUGGACAAAUCGACCCGUGCCGUGGCCUGUUAACUGUUAUCUCUUUGUUUUGUAUCUAUAUAAGUAUUACUGAAAGUCACCACUUUUCAAAUUGAUGAUUAAAAUGGACUGUCCUUGCUCACGAAGAAAUGGGGGGAAAACAAUAGUGAGAAAUGAUACGGUAUUGAUGAACAAACGUAAAUACAAACUAAUGAUGAGUGAAAAUACGGAUUAGUUGAGACAAACUUAAAAAAAAACACUCUCACACAAAUAACUGGAAAAAAAUAAAACGAAUGGCACAAGCUAAAUGUGAAAGGGAUUUAUUUAUUAUCGUGUGGCUACCUUGUAUGGUGAGCAGCUGUUGUAAUAUUUCUUCCCUUCAGUAAAGGAAAGUUGUUUCCUACUGUUAUUCCCUUUCACCAUAGGCGCACACACAGUUCCACAUCUACACCUACAUACCUGCAAAUUGCGAUAGGAGCUUAAAUGAUUGUCUCUAGUGUUGUAAGAAGUAGCGUUGUUUUCUUUAGACAUUAUUCAGAAAUCAUGUGCAAAAUAUAAAUCAUGGUUCAUUAAAUCGCAGAGAGAAUGUGUGGUUUAAGGACCAGAUAGAGUGAAUGCGCGCAAGACAGGAAGGGAGAAAGGAGAGACAUGACAGGGUACAUGUUUGUAAAGGUUGAUGUAAAGCUGAACUAACGCACGUUUGUUUGUUAGAUUGUUGAUUGUGGGAAAGGGAGAAAGAGCAGCUCAUUUAUGGGCCGUGCAAAAGUGCAAGUAAUGAAUGGGCAGAUGGUUAGAUUGUGUUCCUCAGGAAAUCAGGAAAUUGCUAUGCAUGUUAAUUAGUAAGUGAAAACGAAAACGAAGAACAGGGUAAAUGUGGUAAACGUGUUUCGAUUGAAUGGUUAACUACGAACAGAGCAAAAGAAUGGCAUAUAGAUGAAACUAAUUUAUAUAUUUGUAAGCAUUUCUCAAAUGUAAUAAAACGGAUACUGUAAACAAAAUUCUAUAAUGUAAGCAAAGGGUAGGAAAAUCUUACACAAGCAAGCAGUACAGUGCAAUUGCAAAAGGUAAUGCUUUACCUACACACAAUCGAGGGGGGUUUGCAAGGUUAAACUCGCCUAGCAUGUACAGCACGUUCUCGAAGAACACUUUCACAGGUUACAUAGUAGGGUAUGAUCGCAAAGGGAGCAAAAGAAUGUGCAAAAGAAUCCAUGGCACACACAACGACGAGGGGGUAUGCAUUAUCAGCGUGCAGAAAUCCGUUCGAAGUUGCCUAACUAAGUAGAAAAGCUCACACGGCUCACUAAACCCCCCAAAUAAACGGUGUCACGUAAGAGGUGAUUAAAUAAAAUAAUUAU